AAUAAUUGAUGGUCAAAGGAAGGGACGAAGCGAGCGAAGGCAGGGUUGUUGUUAUUGUGUUUUGAAAGAGAGAGAGAGAGAGUGAGGGAUGCUGGAAAACCCUCCGCCACCAGAAUCUGCCACUGCGGUGAAGCGCUAUGCUCCACCCAAUCAGAGAAACCGUUCUACCCAUAGACGCAAAUCUUCUGAUCGGCUUGAUCGAACAAACAGUGCUGGAAGUGAUUUAGAAAAGAAUCAAGUUGCUUCUUCAAGAAACUUUCAAGUUCCAGACCAUGGAGAUGCUAGCAGCAGUAAUAUUCUUAAUGAGAAUCAUUAUUCAAGAUUCAUUGCUUUAGAAGGCUGUAGUAGCAGUGCAGCUUCCCAGCUUCUCAAUGACCGUUGGACAGCUGCAAUACAGUCCUACAAUAAUCCCAAAGAUUCAUCUGAAAAACCAGUUAUGUAUUCUGGUGGGACAUCAGUUUGGACUCAAUUCAGGCUUCCUCAUCAGAUUAUGUCUCCAGCUGCGAAUGUUCCCCCUUCUAUGUCACAGCGGGACUUCCUGGGAGAACUUCGUCGCCAAAUGCAGAGCACCAAUUCUAGUUUCAACACAUGAUGGGGGACUUGGAUUUUGUGAUCUAGAUAUUGUUUGUUUGUGAUUUUAUAAUCAAGUUCUUGUCACAGCUGAAUGUUUUAAGAACACUUGACUACCUGUUUGUGACUUUGUAACAUUGACAUGUCCAACUCGCCACAUGAUAUAUGCAAGACAGAAUCAGAAUAUAUGUGUCGCGUGUGUAGGUGUAAAUUGGGUAAGGAUUGAGCUCCAUGUCUUUGGUGAUUUUUUCUCCAUCUUUGGGAUAUCUUACAUUAUUAAGCUUACUCUAUAGGCUUGCUAAGUACCA